UAUUCCAAAAGAGGGCAUUUUUUAAAUAUUGAUGACAUACAAACUUUUUGCAAGCUGGUAGCUAUGGUAAAGAGGGCAGCGCAGCCUCCCGACCAGGUGGUCCUCGCUCUUUGUGCCCAUUUGCCGUUUUCCUUUAAGCUGCUCUCGCUCCCGCCCAGUGGAAUUAUGAGGUGAUUUUCGGAUCCCGCGAGCUGAACACAAUGGAUUUGAACUCGUCCAUGGUCCUCGACAGUGAUUUAUCGGAGAAGGACUCGUCCGCCCGUGUUCUGACGGGCUGCUUCCUCUCUCUGCUCAUCCUGACCACCCUCCUGGGCAACACGCUCGUCUGUGCUGCUGUCACCAAGUUCCGCCACCUGCGCUCCAAGGUCACCAACUUCUUCGUCAUCUCGCUGGCCAUCUCGGACCUGCUGGUGGCCAUCCUGGUGAUGCCGUGGAAGGCGGCGACGGAGAUCGUCGGCUUCUGGCCCUUCGGCUCCUUCUGCAACAUCUGGGUGGCGUUCGACAUCAUGUGCUCCACUGCCUCCAUCCUCAACCUCUGCGUGAUCAGCGUGGACCGCUACUGGGCCAUAUCCAGCCCGUUCCGCUACGAGAGGAAGAUGACGCCCAAGGUGGCGUUCGUGAUGAUCAGUGUGGCCUGGACCCUGUCGGUGCUCAUCUCCUUCAUCCCUGUGCAGCUCAACUGGCACAAGGCGCAGGCCACCGGCUACUCCGAGCUCAACGGCACCUACGGAGAGCCCCUGCCAGACAACUGCGACUCCAGCCUCAACAGGACUUACGCCAUCUCCUCCUCCCUCAUCAGCUUCUACAUCCCCGUGGCCAUCAUGAUCGUCACGUACACGCGGAUUUACAGAAUCGCCCAGAAGCAGAUCAGGAGGAUCUCCGCGUUGGAGAGGGCGGCGGAGAGCGCCAAGAACCGCCACAGCAGCAUGGGGAACAGCUCCGGCAUGGACUCGGAGAGCUCCUUCAAGAUGUCCUUCAAACGGGAAACCAAAGUCUUAAAGACGCUGUCCGUCAUCAUGGGGGUCUUCGUGUGCUGCUGGCUGCCCUUCUUCAUCCUCAACUGCAUGGUGCCCUUCUGCACGCAGACCCUGCCCAGCGGGGGCACGGCUUUCCCCUGCAUCAGCUCCACCACCUUCGACGUCUUCGUCUGGUUCGGCUGGGCCAACUCCUCGCUCAACCCCAUCAUAUACGCCUUCAACGCGGACUUCCGCAAAGCCUUCUCCAUCCUCCUGGGCUGCCACAGGCUAUGCUCGGGCGGCAACGCCAUCGAGAUCGUCAGCAUCAACAACAACGGGGCCCCACCACAGCCAUUCCACUACGAGCCCAAGGGGCACAUUCCCAAAGAGAGCAACGUCACCUACAUGAUCCCCCACUCCAUCCCCUGCCUGGAAGAGGAGCUACAGAAAGGGGAGGAGGACAGCGUUGGGCUGAAGACCCUGGAGAAACUGUCCCCCGCCACAUCCGGAGACCUGGACAGCGAGGCUGACAUCUCCCUUGAGAAGAUCAACCCCACCACUCAGAACGGCCAACACAAGAUAUGAUGGGUACGGGA